AUGGAGAAAGAGGUCGAGUCAGAAAUUCCUGCUGUUGCUAGCGAUAGAGAGGACAGCGAGAGUCGUGAGCUAACAGAAAAGCCACAAGAAGACACAGCAGAGGAUGAAGAGCCAGAGGAUACUGGGUUUGAGUGUUCCAGGGCCUACUUCACCCGCUUAUUCUGUAACCUGAACAUCUACAACCAAGCCUUCAUCCUAUUUGCUCUUGUAAUGACAUACAUACUCGUUGGUGGUGCCAUAUUUCUAGCCUUUGAGCUACCGGCAGAGACAAAACGAAAUGAGGCCAUAACAGCAGCCAAUGAAACAUACAUUAGGGCCUUCAACAAUAUAGUGGAUCAACUGGUGAACUUUACCAACCUAACAGAAGAGGAGGCUAUGGCUUUAGUAAGGAGGGUAGCACAGUCAGCCAUUGAUGCAUCAAACAAUCAGCCGACUAACAACUGGGAGUAUGGAUCGGCUAUCUUCUUUGCCACAACUGUUAUUACAACAAUCGGUUAUGGUUCCAUUGCUCCUGAGACUGAUGGUGGACGUGGUUUCUUCAUACCCUAUGCACUGGUUGGUAUACCCCUCACUUUGAUAUUCCUUGGGUUCUUGGGACAAGUACUUAACAAAGGAGUCGACCGAGCCACAAGAUGUCUCAGAAGACGAGUUACGUUUGAUUGGGGACAAAUAUUGGUCGUAUUUACCAUCGGAUUGGUGAGCUUCAUCUUCAUACCUGCUAUUAUAUUUGCUAUCAUUGAUGACUGGACCUACUUUGAAGCAGUUUAUUUCACUUUUGUGUCUCUCACUACAGUCGGUUUCGGUGAUUUUGUUCCAACUGCCCCAAAGACAUUCCGUGGGCUCUAUCGGUUUAGUCUUAUCUGUUGGUUGUUCCUUGGACUUGCAUUCAUAGCCCUCAUCAUUGCCCAGACACAGGAACGGAUUGAGAAUGUGAGAGAGAGUGUUAAGAAAUGCAGAAAAUGCAUAAAGAGAACAGGAGGAAAGCUCAUGCUGAGGAAAAAGAACAAAGAAAGUAGCAAAGAUAAUGAAAAAACAGAAGAGACUGAAGGAGAGAAGGAGUGA